UGCCCCAGUUGAGUAGCUCCCUGCACACCGGAUAACAGUUCCUCCUCAGUUAGUUAGUCAGUCAGUGUGCGUGUUUGUGUUACAUUCUACCAAACGCUACAAGGCAGCCUGCAAUGAACAGCGUAUCUCAAAGUACUUAUUUUUAUUUGUAUUUUUGCGUCAGUCCCCUUUCUCUCUCAUUCUUGGCACCAGGAAGUAGUUAUCAAUAUGGCUCGGGCAGGAAUUGUGAGUGACUAAGUUGUGCAUGUCACACGGACAGUCGUUUCUGGUGAGCAAGGUCUCGAACAACACUGUGAUAUAACCGUGGAGGAGUUCGGUUCUGUACAAGUUUGACGGUCUUCGUUAAGGCGAUAAAGGAAACUCUCGUACCCUGAUCUCAUACUUUGUAUUUUUAAUUACACGUUCAAGAUCUACGUGUUUUUUUUUUACUUUGGCUGUGCCUAGCAAGUGGAACGCGCUCCGUACAAGUUUCAAAAAUCUGGUAAGCCUACCUGCUUAACCAACCUGCCUGACGUGGGUCUGUGUCUUGUGUCACUGGAUGCUAUCUCCAAAACCAAGGGCUGCAAAAGGCGCUGAGCUCUCUCAAUUUGAAUGCCUUUGCGAGGGUUUUGCUCGUUCAUUUGCUGCAGGCACGGUUUCACGUUGCUUGGAUGGGAUUAUGGAGAGAAAGAGGAGGAAGAGUCGUUCGAGUUACGGAGUAAGCUGGAGAAACCGGCGUGUAACGUGAGGGGUCCCUUGGAUAUAUCUCUCACCCAGCCAGUUCGCAAUGCCAAUGGACCCAGCAGCCUCUCGGAGAUUCCAGAAGAAAUGAGGAGCCUGAUUAUUGAGAAGAGCAAGGGAGCGAUCGAGGAGGACGCAGAGAUUGUUGUAAAAGGUUGGCUGUACAGAGAAGUGCACGGAGGCUGGAUCAAGAUGAGGAGGCACUGGUUUGUCCUGACUCAAGACUCUCUGGACUUCUACACCAGCAACGAGAAGAAUGCCAGGAGGCUGGGAUCACUGGUCCUGACCAGUCUCUGUUCUGUCAUCUGGCCCGACAAACAAAGCUACAAAGAAACUGGCAAUUGGAGCAUCACGGUGUACGGUCGCAAGCACAGCUAUCGGUUGUACACAAAGCACUUUAACGAGGCGGUACACUGGGCAUGUGCGAUACAGAAGGUCGUAGACAGCAAGGCUCCUGUCGAAACCCCGACACAACUCCUUAUCCGGGACAUCCAGGAGAACAAGUGCAACGCUGAAGCUGUGGAGCACAUCUACAAUCACAACCCCAUCCUGAAACACACUGAGAGGCCUCUCUACUCCUCUCUGCUUCCCUUUCCGUACGGCAGUCUGGAGCACACCGAUGUGUUUUUCCUGUUUCCAGUUCACAGUGCGAAGGGUUACACCACGCUGCGAGAUGAGGCGGUGAAAAUCUUCAACUCCCUACAGCAGCUGGAGUCGGCCCAGGACCCUGUACCCCUCAUCCAGGGGGUGCUGCAGACCUGCCUGGACCUGCGGCCGCUGCGGGACGAGGUGUACUGCCAGCUGGUGAAGCAGACGAGCGGGACACCCAGCCCGGACACCCCGGCACAGCUCCGAUACUGGCAGCUGCUCAGCUGUAUGAGCUGCACCUUCCUGCCCAGCCUCUCCGUCCUCAAAUACCUGCACUUCCACCUCAAACGAGUACAGAGUCAAUACCCGGACACUGAGAUGGAUAACUACUCAGCGUUUAUAUCCGAAGCUCUGGGGAAAACCAAAGGGAGGGAAUGCGUGCCGUCCUGGGAGGAGAUCCGGAUCCUGAUAAACCGGCAGGAGAUGAUCUGCAGUGUCCACUACCCCGGCCAGGGCUGCUGCAAGCUCCCCAUCAGCUCCCACACCACCGCCGACGAGGUUGUGAAGAAGAUGAAGGAGAGGUUGGGUCUGCAGCUCAGCCGCAACAUCUUUGCACUGUUUGAAGGGAACACCUACAAGGAGCAGGCAGUAGGGGGCAGCACCAUCGUCGCAGACAUCCUGACUAGGUUUGAAAACCUCGCUGCUAGGGAGCCUGAGUCAGAACACCAAUGGAAACUCUGUUUCAAGCUCUACUGUUUCCUGGAUACAGACAGCGUCCCCAAAGACAGCAUCGAGGUCACGUUCCUUUUUGAACAGUCCCAUGCGAUGGUGAUCCAGGGCCACUUGCCUGCCUCCGAGGAGGACCUCCAGUUGUUGGCGGCCCUGCGGCUCCAGUACCUGAACGGAGACUUCAGCACCCACACGCCCUCGUCCCGGCUCGAGGAGCUCUUCCCCAGUCACAUCAUCGAGGCGAGAGCCCUGGCUUCGGCCAGGACUGCUCCUGCUAAGCCGGUCCGCUGCCCCGCGAGCUUCCUGACGGGGGCGCUGCACGUGGGGCUCUGGAGCCACACCACCGUGCACAAGCUGAAGGCUGAGGAGUGCCUUCGCUUCCAGUGCCGGCUAAAAGAGGAAGGGGCCGCCAUGAUGGCUUCAAUCGUGGAGCGCUGGAAGACCCUGCAAGGCCUGGCCCGGGAGGAUGUCAUGGUGGCUUACCUCUCCGUCGCCAAGCGAUGGCCCGGGUUUGGCUCCACCCUUUACGAAAUCGACUUCUAUAUUAGCUCGACAGGAAGUUUUUUACAGCGGUUGUGGCUGGGAGUUGCUGCAACAUCAGUGUCUCUGUACAGACAAGGAGAACCCGAGCCCUUGGAGAGUAUCCGUUACGAGCUGAUCUCUUCCUAUGGCGUGUCAGAUAGCACUACCUUCAAAAUCACCACGGGAGACCAGGAAUUCAUAUUUGAAACCAGCAAGUUGAACGAGAUUACCCAGCUCAUGACCGCCUACAUCACCAGCACUCGCAGACCCCAGCGUCCCAGCCUGAGGACAGAGAGCGAGAGCUUCUCCCUGGGGCCCCCUGUCCAGGAGCUCCCCUCACAUCCUGUUUUAAAACACUCACACACGCACGGACACAGCAAUGGGACCUAACCCUUCAUUCUCUCUCUCUCGCACACACACAAAUAGUCUGCCAUUAACAAACUACAUUUUUGAGAGAGGUGGAUGUCUGGACACGGUUAAAAAUCGCUGAAAAGGCAUUGGAGGCAAGGUGGGACCAUACUUGGAUUUAAAAGCAACAUCGUCAGACUCAAAAAGGCAGUUCUGUUCAGUUACAAUAAACGUUGCACAUUUUCCUAGGUGCUACGGCCAAUGUGAGGAGCUGAAAAGCAAGUGGCAUAAGGGGAAGUUGAAAAAAACAGUGUCAACUUGUUUUUCUUUCUUGAGUAGGGAGUGGAUCUCUUGUUCCCUGGGAUGGUUGGUUAUUUAUUAUCAACCAAAAAUAUGUGUAGUUUUACAUCUUUAGUAAUGCAUGCUGUAGCCCCAAAAAAAUAAGAUUAGACAAAUGCUAAAGCACCUGUCAUUAAAGUUGAAAAUGAUGCUAUUCUGUGAAAAGCCUCCUCAGUGACAGGAUAGCCUAUUUUAAUGUUACAUCCAUUACUUGCUUUCUCUUACCUGCUGACUGUUUCUCUUUUGGUUUAAUGAUUUGAUGUUGUGUGAAAUAUAUACAAUACAGAAAGAGUUGAUAUAUUUGAAAAUAUUAUGGAUAUUUUUACUUUUUUUUUUUAUAUAUAUAUAUUUUUUUUUUUUGUUGUACUUUCACUUUUUCUCUCUUUUGGUAAUAUUUAACUAAUAAGGCCAUGUUGACAUUACAGAGACGUUUUAAAAAAAAAAAAAAAUCUGGAUUUUGUAACAAAAGUAACAGCCCUAUGCCACCGGAUAGCAAAUUUAAUUUAAUUGCACUAUUUUUUUUAUAAUACACCUGCACCUUCCUCCUCUGCCCAUCUACAUUAUUGUACAGUGGGUCUGCACCCUUAUACCAAAGCAUUCAUACAGUUAAUGAUCUUCCUUAAGAGGAAGAGGUGAAUCUGCUGUUUCUCAGCACUGUCACUGUACAGCCAUCCUUGUUUGUUUCUAUUAAAGCUGCAGGCAGCUUCUGUAUCACCAGAUUUAAAAAAAAACUAAAUUUAUGAAAAGAAAAAAACAAAAAACUUUAUUUAACUUGUUUUGUACAUCGCAUGGUACUCUACGCCUAUCUGUACAGUCAGUUGCACUAAGUUUGUACAGGUAACUCGGAUGUGCAAUAAGGAAAAUGUAAUAAAGCAAGCCCCUUUCUACCAGCGAGUCCUGUGUUUUCUCUUUGAUUGCUCAUUAUAAGCAAAUGUAAAGGGGAUGGUCUGCAUUUCAGAAAGAAGAGAGAACAUUUGGAUCGAGCAGACAAUUGCAUUGCAGUUAAUAAAUAUUGUGGGCGGAAAAACAAAUUCAGCCAUGCGUCGUUUUCACCUGAUAAACUGAACAAUAGGUCCUUGCUGCAAGUCUUUGUUACUUUGAAUAAAUGCAUGAUUUGUAUGACCACUUUAUACAGGUACACAGGUUUAAUAAAUACUCUGAGAAAGCCUAUAAAGUACUUCUCUGUUACAGAUAACAGCCCAGUCCUAUAGAUGUUCCAAAUAAGUUCCGUAGUUUCUUUUAAUGAAAAUGUUAUACCAUUUGAUACAGGCAUAAUGGUAAAAAAAAAAGUAUUGCCUGCAUAAGUGUCACGGCAAAGAUUAAAAAUAUAACAAACCCCAAAAAAUAAACAAACACUUGUCUGAAGAGCUUUUCUUUUUUAAACCAAGUCGUCCAAGUAGGACCUUCUACUAACAAGCUUCAGUUUAAACACACCAACUUACUUCCUGCUUGAAUAAAUAUUACAUGUUUUUUUUUUACAUUCACCUUAAAGCAUGUUAAAUGUUUUAAAAACAAUUUAUUACAUUAGAGUACAUAUUUCCUUGCUGCUUUGUUGCACACUUGAAUGUUUUCAUUUCUAAAACAUUGUAUUCAGUUUGAAAUGUUUAAGGUUCACUAUAGAGUAGUCAUCGCCUGACAGACUCCCUUUCGAAUCAGAACUCCAUCCAUCUCAAUGUGCAACACGGGGGGGUAACAGAGACGUAAUCCACCACUAGUAGGGCACCUACGGCCAGCAUUAAAAUGGUACUGAAAGUAUUUUAGGAUUGGAAAACAGACUUCACCUUUAAGGCAAUGCAAACUUAUCUUUUGGGACAAGACAAUGUGAUGAACAAAAACUGAAAUCCCAGAUCCCCCUGGUUAACCUAAAAAG